AUGGAAAGCCCGGCGGUGCUGCUGGAAUCCAAAUCCUCCCCCCUCCACCUGCUGCAGGAGAUGCACCAGCUGCGCCUGCUGGGCCACCUCUGCGACGUCACCGUCAGCGUGGAGUACCAGGGAGUCCGCGCCGACUUCGCCGCCCACAAAGCAGUCCUGGCUGCCACCAGCAAGUUCUUCAAGGAGAUGUUCCUCAACGAGAAAGGUUUGGAAGGUCCCAAAACCAACGUGCUCCUCAACGAGGUGCGGGUCGCCGACUUCGCCUCUUUCUUAGAGUUCGUCUACACGGCCAAAGUGGAGGUGGAAGAGGAUAGGGUGCAACGUAUGCUGGAGAUGGCCGAGAGGUUGAAGUGUUUGGAUCUCUCCGAGACCUGCUUCCAGCUGAAGAAGCAGAUGUUGGAGUCGGUGCUGCUGGAGCUGCAGAGCUUCUCUGAGUCACAGAGCACCCAGGAGGAGGGGAGCGCUCCCCAGCCCGGCGCCUCACCGGAGCCCGAGGUGACCACCCAGGCUGAGUGCCCCCCGGGGACCCCCACGGGUGGGGUGACCCCCCAGGCGCCGGCUGCCAGGCCCAGGGAGAAGGUGGAGAGGAGGAAGGAGGCGGGGAAACCGUCCUACGGCAAAAUCCGGCGGGCCAGCGGCAGGCUGGCCGGGAGGAAGGUGUUUGUGGAGAUCCCCAAGAAGAAGUACACCAGGAGGCUGAGGGAGCAGCAGAAGGAGGAGGAAGAAGACAGAAAGAAACUCCGAGGGGGCAGCUUCCUCUGCAGCACCUGCCAGAAGGAAUUCCUCUACGAGAAGAGCUUCCUGAAGCACGUGAGGCAGAGGCACGGGCUGGCUGCCCAGGUGGUGCACCGCUGCGAGACCUGCGCCCUCAACAGCCACCGGCGGCACGUGCACAGCAGCGAGCGCCUCUGCCCCUGCCCCCUCUGCUCCAAGAACUUCAAGAGGAAGAAGGACGUCAAGAGGCACAUUCUCCAGGUUCAUGAGGGUGGUGGGGAACGUCAUCUGUGCCAGCAGUGUGGAAAGGGGUUGAGCUCCAAAACCGCCCUGAGGCUCCAUGAAAGGACGCACACGGGCGACAAGCCUUAUGGGUGCACAGAGUGUGAGGCUAAAUUUUCUCAGCCUUCUGCACUUAAAACACACAUGAGAAUCCACACGGGUGAGAAACCUUUUGUCUGUGAUGAGUGUGGGGCCAGGUUCACUCAGAAUCACAUGCUCAUAUAUCACAAACGAUGCCACACAGGGGAGAGGCCGUUCAUGUGUGAAACCUGUGGGAAGAGCUUUGCCUCCAAGGAGUACCUGAAGCACCACAACAGGAUCCACACGGGCUCCAAGCCCUUCAAGUGUGAAGUUUGCUUCAGGACCUUUGCACAGAGGAACUCGCUUUACCAGCACAUCAAAGUCCACACAGGCGAGCGUCCUUACUGCUGCGACCAGUGUGGGAAGCAGUUCACUCAGCUGAACGCGCUGCAGCGGCACC